UCGACGCUCACAGUGAAAGAUAUAUUAGUUGAACAUGGCUCGUACGAAACAGACUGCUCGCAAAUCAACUGGAGGAAAAGCUCCUCGGAAGCAAUUGGCUACGAAAGCCGCACGUAAAAGUGCACCAGCUACCGGAGGAGUUAAGAAGCCUCAUCGCUACAGACCAGGAACCGUCGCUCUGCGUGAGAUUCGUCGCUAUCAGAAGAGCACGGAGCUGCUCAUUCGCAAACUGCCCUUCCAGCGAUUGGUUCGCGAGAUCGCUCAGGACUUCAAGACGGACCUUCGCUUCCAGAGUUCAGCCGUGAUGGCACUUCAAGAAGCUAGCGAGGCUUAUCUCGUCGGCCUCUUCGAAGACACCAACUUGUGUGCCAUCCACGCCAAGCGUGUCACCAUCAUGCCAAAGGACAUCCAGUUGGCUCGGCGUAUUCGUGGAGAACGUGCCUGAAUACCGAAGGCUUAUAGAAUAAUAACGGUCCUUUUCAGGACCAACACUCUGUUAUUUCGAGGAACAUGCACAUCCGUUUACACUCUGAAAGACGUUUCUAAAAUUAAUCAAACAUGCCCACUCACAUACACUUUACUAUACUUUAGUCGACAUAUAUCUUAUUUAAUAUUUUCUUUAUGGAGUGAAUAUUGUUUUUACUCUGUUAACAUUUCUCAGACCUGGUUGAUUCCAUAUGAAUGAAUAUUUUAGAGCUAAUAACUUGCAAGUUAAAUAUUUUCCCCAGUAUUCAUAACUCUAGCAAGAGAACUUGUGUAAUAGCGGAAACGUUUAUUUUCUUUAAUUUAGGAAUUUUAAGGUUCAUUCACUGACAAGUAAUUGUCAAGUUCUUUUUCUACUUUAGUAAAGGUUUUACGUUGAGAAACUAAACAUUCUUAGCUUUAAAGCCUAUGUUGGUCAAUCAUAUUCUUUUUAAGGUACUUGUCGCGCAACAGUUAUGUACAAAAAUUUAUUCCAAAAAAAAAAACAGAAACAUUCAACAUC